AUGUUUAGUGGUAUUAAUUCAUUGAGUGAAGAAAAGCUUAAUGAAUACAUCCAGUCGAAUCUCACAAUUAUUGCUAUGUGGAAUAAUAAAAAGUGUCGUAGUUGUGAUUUAGAACUGUUUACUUUAUGGAAAAUGCCAUAUAGCUAUGUCGAGUACAGUAAUGUGAUCGUUGCUGCUACAAAUGUGGGAGUUAACAAGACAUUCGACGAACUGUACCAAAUUAAGGAAGAUGUGGAGAGUCCGCAGUACCGGCUGUUUGUGCAUGGCGUCUCUUCUCCUUACGUGAACCGGGAGAACCUUCCUACUUAUGAGUGGAUCAAAAGUGUGACUGGGUAUACUCCUCGCAAGGAGUAUAUUUUCCCCUUAACCGAUCAUAACUAUGGUCAUCUCAAAACAAAGUAUUCAGACCGAAACAUUCUCAUUCUGUUCUGUAAACCAUCCAAUCCCGACUGUCUGAAUCUCAUUUCCGGCUAUUUAACAGACGCCGUUUUAUUCCGCGUAUCCCUCCGGCAUUUCCGCCUCCCUUGUAGAACACUCGCAAUUCCCUCUUCGCUUACGUCGAUUGUUCUCUCUACCCCCAUCUCUGUAGCAUUCAUUUCGUGUCUUCCUAUCCUUCCUUCCGCUUCCUCGCUCCUGGAGCCGAAACAUCAUCGCCUACAUGAACGGCAAAUGCGGUACGCUUCCCUCCUCGACUUUGAUGCAGGGACGCGCUUUCUGUCAGGCGGAAGCUACGACGAAUGGUACGGCCGAAACCAGCAGCUCGACGUUCUGGCCCAUCGCUUCAUGGACAUCGUGAGAAUAGCGGAGAAGAUUCAUGCAGGAGAACGAAGACUACCGCAAGUCGAUUAUGCGCCAGGUAAAGGACCUCGCGCCGAACAUCCCGGAAGCGGCUCGCUACUUCUCGCUGAUGAAGCGCAUCGUCACGGAAGGCGCGCAGGCGAUUCUGACCGAGCUCUCCUACGUCAAGCAGGAGCUUCGCAGCUCGCGUCCAGGCAGCAAGGAGUCGACGUGCGGAAGCGUGGUGAGGCGUAG